GGCUCUUCUGGAAGGAGCACUAUGCUGCGCCGCAAGCCGUCCAAUGCCAGUGAGAAGGAGCCUAUGCAGAAGAAGAAGCUCUCCCUCCAACGUUCCAGCAGCUUCAAGGAUUUUGCCAAGUCCAAGCCCAGUUCCCCUGGGGUGAGCGAGAAGGAAUUUAGCUUGGAGGAGAACAUCCCUGAGGAUGACCUUGGAAGUGCUGUUUCAGAGGACACCUCCAAAAGCAGUGGAAUGAAGCUGGGCAAGAAGUGGAGGGCUGUAAUCUCCCGCACCAUGAACAGGAAGAUGGGCAGGAUGGCGGUGAAAGCGCUGUCUGAAGGGAAGGGGGAAGCUGGAGAGGAGGGCUCCAUGUCUCUCCUGUCUCUGGACAGCAGCUUGGAUGAGCAGAGUUCUGAGAAGAUGCCCUUGUCCUACAUGGAGGCGGAGGAUAGUGUACACUCGCAGCUUAGCCGCCAGCUGUCCAGUGGAAGUGAAGUGAUCAGCCCCAGCUACAUAGGCAACAACCGCGACAGCCUGAGGAUGGAGGAGACCAGCCCACCAUACACUGGCCCCUUCUGUGGUAAAGCUCGUGUCCACACGGACUUCACCCCCAGCCCAUAUGACAAGGACUCUCUGAAGCUCAGGAAGGGGGACAUCAUCAGGAUCAUCGAGAAGCCACCUGUGGGCACCUGGACUGGGCUCCUGAACAACAGGGUGGGCUCCUUCAAGUUCAUCUAUGUGGACAUCAUCCCUGAGGAAACUGUGCCCGUGCGGAAGAGCCGCAGGCAGAGCAAGAGCAAACGACCCAAGCCCAAGACCCUGCACGAGCUGCUGGAGCGCAUAAAUCUGCAGGAGCACAUCUCCACCUUGUUACUGAAUGGCUACCAGACCCUGGAGGACUUCAAGGAGCUCCGGGAGACCCACCUGAAUGAGCUGAAUAUCAUGGACCCCCAGCACCGUGCCAAGCUGCUCACAGCUGCUGACCUGCUGUUGGACUAUGACACAGCCAGUGAGGCCGAAGAAGGAGAGAGCUCUGAGCUACACCCCUCGCCCUUGGACCUCAAAGGGGAUAUUCCCCGUGACUCAGGCUGCUUCGAGGGAUCAGAGACACUGGAGAACAGCCGAGAUGAAACAGAGCUGAACAGCACAGAGGAGCAACUUCAGGCUCUCUCUCUGGAACAAUCCUCCUGAACCCACCCUGCCUUGCCCCAAGCCUCCCAGAACUGCCCCGUCCAGGCACUGAAUCUGCUUUGCCAGGGGCCACCACUGGGACACUCUGCUCAGGCCCCCACCAGUAUUGGGAGAUGUCUGAAGCGGGACAAAUUCUUUGUUGGCACUGUGAGCAUCACAGGAAGGGACACUGGGAAUACUUCAUGGCUGCCACAAUUCCUACACCAGGAUAGGCCUCUCCCCUAAGAACUGUGCCAGGCCCUGCCCCAAGCCACUGUUCUGGCAGACACAGGACCUGCUUCUGUAACAGUUCACUUUUAUGCCAUGCCCCCCGCACUGCAUAUUCAUAGCCACAAAGACUGUUUUAAUUUGUUCCUCUGCCCAGUCCCUACUGCUUCCUGCCUCCUCUGCCAGGCCUCUGCUGGUGGUAGGGGCCUCACUAGGUAGCUGCCAAGCUCCUUCCUCAAAGGUCAACUAUUAGGCCAUGCACACCCAGGCAGAUACUGCAAGCCUGGUUGCUGUGUUGCUUAUGUACAGUGGGGAUGCACUUCGCAGCUGAAGACCCCCAGUACCAAACACAAGCUACUCUGGCAACUUUGUGCCAGUGGGAGGGGAGGGGGGGGUUCUUCCCUACUGGGAUGGGUGAUUACAGGUGGAGGUAGCAGCUGGUGCUGGAAGAGGAAUGGGCCCAGGCACUGGGCGAGGAGGUCUGAGACAUGGGUUUCUAGGCUGAUCCAGGAGUGGUGUAGACAGGUUGCAGGUAACAGUGAUGGCGUUAUGACCAAACCUGUCUCCUCAUGACAUGGUGGAUGGACAGCUGUGGGAGAAACUGUAGCCUCCUUUCUGUAGUAACAGGCAUUUUUCACUUCCAGCAAAGUGUGGCUAGCUGUGUUGGGAGCAGGUUUAACAGAGAUCAGGUCCCAUAGCUGGUUGUUCUUGGUCAGAGGGUAGCAUGGGGCUUGAAAUGCAACCAUGCUAUAGCAGCUUCCCUGACUCAAGUCUUGAGUUGGCUCAGCACAGCAAAGCUGCACUAGGUUAUGACUCACCCAUCUCAGACAUGACUCUGGGGCCAGCACAGCAGUGCUUGUUUGGGAAGCUGGAAAGAGGUGUAGCUGUGUCUCACAACACCGUCUGUAAUUGGAUCAAACUCUUGCACAAGAUCGAUCCUCCCUCUGCUGCAGGAAUGGGGCUAGUCACAGGGGGGCAGGCUAAGCCUGCCUGGGCAUGAGGUGCCUGUCCUGAGUAUGGAAAAGAGGAAGGGAGCAGAUACAGAGAUUAUGCUUUUGAAUCCUCAGCAUUUGCUCCAGGUAUCCCCAGGACUGCAGCCAGAAGAGGAAGAGCAAGUCCUGCCAGGUGCAGAGCCACCUCUACAGAGCUCACACUUUACUUUAGGUAGCCCCCGACCAACAGUCCCAGCAGCACUGUGGGACAGGCAAACUGAUUACGAGUGCAGCUAAUGGUGCAACAGAGGCCAAUGGCAUGCAGAGCAGCUGGGGCCCACCUAGCUUUAAGAGCUACAUACUUAGUCCCAAGCAGGACUAGGCCCAUGAGCAACUCUGACAAGAUCAUCUUCACUGAAGCUGUUUUCUGGCUAGCUUUCCACUGGGAUAACAAGCCAAGAAACUAAGCAGGGAGGUUCUCAUGUUCUUGGCACAUCAUUUUGCACCAGAGCAGGGUUCCUUCGCAUCUUACCUACACAGUAACAGGCCAACUCAUCCCAGGAGACAAGGUUGCAACACCCACAGCUAUUCAUGGGAAUUACAUAUGCUUAAAUCAGGUUCCGUUUGGCCCAAGGGCUGAGUCUACAAACCUGUGACUUCUCAGCCUGUGUUCCAGCCACGUAAGUUUAGGCAUUUAACUCACUACCUUGUGCUUCAUCUCAAUAAAGCAUGCUCUGCUACCCAGCA